AUGACAUCGCAAAGUGAAGAAUAUAAACACGAAUUUACAUUGCCUUCACUGCCACGUACUACUAGAGGUUUGCCGUUACCUUUGUCAUCUAGUCCAGAUGGAAACAAAUUUGUAUAUUGUGCUGGCAAUAGUCAAAUUUUUGACUGUGAUGUCUACACAGAACAUUCAACACUUACACAAGUUGCAAAAUAUGCCCCGUCUGGAUUUUACAUUGCUAGCGGCGACAAACACGGAAAAAUAAGAAUUUGGGAUACUACACAAUCGACACAUAUUUUAAAAGCAGAGUACGCUUUAAUUAACGGUCCCAUUCGGGAUAUUGCUUGGUCAGAAGACAGUAAAAGAAUGGCUGUUGUUGGAGAAGGGAAGGAAAGAUUUGGACAUGUUUUUCUUUUCGAUACCGGUACAAGCAAUGGAAAUUUAUCUGGACAGAGUAAAGCUAUGACUCUUUUCCAUGAACAUACACGUUUUGCUCAAUGUAUUCGGUAUAAUAAAGAUGGGUCAAUUUUUGCAAGUGCUGGGGCUGAUGGAAGGGUAAUUCUCUUCGAAGGCACAGAAGGAACCAAGAUCGGAGAACUUGUUGACAGCAGUGAUACUGCCUGUAAAGAAGCUGCUCAUGCUGGAGGUGUUUUUGCUUUAUGCUGGAAUUCUGAUGGAAAACGGCUAGUCACUGCCUCUGGUGAUAAAACAUUAAAGAUUUGGAACGUUGCUGAUAAAAAGAUUAUUGGAACAGUCCGUUUUGGCACAACAGUUGACGAUCAACAAUUAGGUGUUGUUUGGUUACGUGACAGAAUUGUUUCUUGUUCUCUUUCUGGAUUUCUUAACUAUGUUGAUCCUGAAACUUUAACAAUUACAAAAAUAUUAAAAGGACAUAAUAAAUCAAUUACGGCAAUGGCUUUGGCUAGUGAUGGAGAAAAUGUAUUUACUGCUGAUUUUGAAGGAAAUAUUACCCGUUGGAAGUUGUCUGAUGGCUCAUCCGAACGUUUAACACCCACAAUUCAUAAAUCUCAAAUUUCUUCUUUAAAAUUAUUAAAUGAUGGAACGCUCAUUUCUACGGGUUGGGAUGACACAAUUGCCUUUACAGAGAAAGCUUUAAAUAUAAUUGAUAAUGCCCAACCAAUUUCACACAAAUUAACUUCCCAACCGAGAGGUGUCGAUUCAACAAAAGAUGGCAAAACUGUCGCUGUCGCAACACAACGUGCAAUAUUAAUAUUUACAGAUAAAAGGCUAUUAAAAACAAAUGAAAUUAAAUAUGAAGGAAUGUGUAUUGCAAUAGCUCCUGAAGGAAAUCUUUUGGCAGUUGGGGGAAAUGAUGCCAAUGUUCAUGUUUAUGCUCUUUCAACAUCUGACAGUUCUUUAACCGAAAAACAAAAAUUAUCUCAUGGCGGUGCUUUAACUUCUGUAAAUUUCAGUCCAGAUGGAAAAUACCUUGUAGCAACUGAUAUUGCUAAAAAAGUAGUCCCGUAUAAUGUAAAUAAUGGAUUUAAAGUUGCUUCAGAAAAAUCUUGGUCCUUCCACACAGCGCGCAUCAACUGUUCUGCUUGGUCGAGUAAUAGUCGUUAUAUAGUCACCGGUUCUCUUGACACAAAUAUAAUGGUUUGGGAUUUGGAACAAAGUGGAGAACAUCCUUUACUCAUUCGAGGUGCUCAUCAAAUGAGUGCAAUAAAUUGUGUUGCUUUUUUGCCUGAUGGAAAAAGAAUAUUAAGUGUUGGACAAGAUGCCAAUAUUCGUGUUUGGAAUGUUAAAUUACCUAUAAAACCUUCUUAA